AUGUCGCAGCCAACCAUCUCCCAAGGCCGUAAGGGUGAGCAGGCGGGUGAUCAGGCGAACGCAAAAAAAGGCGGUGGGCGUCGAAAGAGAGGUGGUAAGAAAGCACAAUGCGCCACCGAGGAACGGUGCAAGCUCCUAGAUGGCUUCACCGCGGACAUUCUAGGUGAGAAUGACGACGGUACGGAAACGUCCGCCGAUCCGAACGGCUAUGCGGUCGAUAAUGUGGCGCACGGUGAGCAGGCGGUGUUUGGUGUGGCGAAUGAUGACGGUUCAUAUCGCGACGAGACGUAUGGCGAGAAGGUGGUUGGUGAAGCGGACAAAGGCGAAGCGGACGGAGGCGAAGCGGACGAAGGGGAAGCGGACGAAGGGGAAGCGGACGAAGGGGAAGCGGACGACGGCGAAGCGGACGAAGGCGAAUCGGACGAAGACGAAGCGGACGAAGGCGAAUCGGACGAAGGCGAAGCGGACGAAAGCGAAGCGGACGAAGGCGACGCGGACGAAGGCGAAGCGGACGAAGGGGAAGCGGACGAAGGCGUUGCGGACGAAGGCGAAGCAGACGAAGGCAAGGAGGGGGAAGGCGAGGAGGGGGAAGGUGAAGGGGCGGAAGGCGGAGAGGCGGAAGGCGUAGGAGCUGUUGGCGAGGAGGCGGAAGGCGAAGGGGCGGAAGGUGGGGAGUGGGAUGGCGAAGAAGGGGAAGGCGAAGAGGGGGAAGGCGAAGAGGGGGAAGGCGAGGAGGGGGAAGGCGAAGAGGGGGAAGGCGAGGAGGUGGAAGGCGAAGAGGGGGAAGGCGAGGAGGGGGAGGGCGAAGAGGGGGAAGGCGAGGAGGGGGAAGGCGAAGAGGGGGAAGGCGAAGAGGGGGAAGGCGAAGAGGGGGAAGGCGAAGAGGGGGAAGGCGAAGAGGGGGAAAGCAUAGGGGCUGUAGAUGGGGCCGGAGAGGAGGCGGAAGGCGAGCAGGCGGAAGGAGAGGAGGCGGAUGGGGUCCAGGCAGAUGGCGACAAUGUGGGCGAAGGCUUGUCCGAUUACUCCAAUUUUAGUGCAGAGGAGAGAACUAAUGGGCGGCGGACACGCGUACAAGCACUCAGCCGAGGGUCGACGCUGGAUGAGGAUGAAGAAGCUGCACGAGUGGUGAAGAAAGGGCGGUUUAUGAUUCUGGGGGUUGCACCGGAUGAUACGCAACAGUGCGGUAAUGGGCGUGGCGGAGAAGCAAAGGAUAAACAAGGAGGGCAGACCGUGAAAGGGGCAUUGGCGGCGGCGAAGCCACCCACGAAGCACAGGACGGUGAAGAAUUCUGGUGUGGGUCCGCCAACCACCAUCGAGCGAUUCAACCUUGGGGGGGGAGGGGGGAAGCUGCCCCAGCUACAGGUCACCCAGCGGGCAACUACUAGUGCGAUGCAAGUGGGAGCAGCAGCAGCUCCUGUGGGUAUGACUGUUGCGAGGGUGGGAGGAGCAACGUCAACGGGAGGGAGGGUGGGAGCAGCAGCAGCAUCAACUGGGGUGAGGGUGGGAGCAGCAGCAGCGUCAACGAGAGGGAGGGUGGGAGCAGCAGCAGCAUCAACUAGGGUGAGGGUGGGAGGAGCAGCAGCGGCAUCGACUGGAGGGAGGGUGGGAGGAGCAGCGGCAUCGACUGGAGGGAGGGUGGGAGGAGCAGCGGCAUCGACUGGAGGGAGGGUGGGAGGAGCAGCGGCAUCGACUGGAGGGAGGGUGGGAGGAGCAGCGGCAUCGACUGGAGGGAGGGUGGGAGGAGCAGCGGCAUCGACUGGAGGGAGGGUGGGAGGAGCAGCGGCAUCGACUGGAGGGAGGGUGGGAGGAGCAGCGGCAUCGACUGGAGGGAGGGUGGGAGGAGCAGCGGCAUCGACUGGAGGGAGGGUGGGAGGAGCAGCGGCAUCGACUAGAGGGAGGAUGGGAGGAGCAGUGGCAUCGCCUGGAGGGAGGGUGGGAGGAGCAGCGGCAUCGACUGGAGGGAGGGUGGGAGGAGCAGCGGCAUCGACUGGAGGGAGGGUGGGAGGAGCAGCGGCAUCAACUGGAGGGAGGGUGGGAGGAGCAGCGGCAUCGACUGGAGGGAGGGUGGGAGGAGCAGCGGCAUCGACUGGAGUGAGGGUGGGAGGAGCAGCGGCAUCGACUGGAGGGAGGGUGGGAGGAGCAGCGGCAUCGACUGGAGGGAGGGUGGGAGGAGCAGCGGCAUCGACUGGAGGGAGGGUGGGAGGAGCAGCGGCAUCGACUGGAGGGAGGGUGGGAGGAGCAGCGGCAUCGACUGGAGGGAGGAUGGGAGGAGCAGUGGCAUCGCCUGGAGGGAGGGUGGGAGGAGCAACGGCAUCGACUGGAGGGAGGGUGGGAGGAGCAGCGGCAUCGACUGGAGGGAGGGUGGGAGCAGCAGCAGCAUCUACUGGAGUUUUCAGGCCCAGGGGUACCACUACUGUAAGGACGCUGCCUCCAGGGCCCACGGAUUUGGCUGCCGUAUCAACCAGGGUGGCGCAGACGCAGUGGGUAUCACGAGCAGAGUUUACGGCGCUUAGGAAGGAGAUGCUCCAGCAGUUUGAGAGCCUCAGGGCUCAAGGAGUCGCGGUUCCUGCUCAAGGACUUGCGUCGCACGGCAGCGACGCAACAACAGGCGUUCCUCGCCCUCCAAGUCGGAGUGCCGGACAAAUCGCUCUGGAAAUGGUGAUCGUCGAUGCUGGAGACUGGAAGUGCUCUCCCUUCCUGCCUUCUCCUAACCCUUGCUCUCUCCCCCCCUCCUCUGUCACAUGCUCUCUCCCCCCCUCCUCUGUCACAUGCUCUCUCCCCCCCUCCUCUGUCACAUGCUCUCUCCCCCCCUCCUCUGUCACAUGCUCUCUUCCCCCCUCCUCCGUCACAUGCUCUCUCCCCCCCUUCUCUGUCACAUGCUCUCUCCCCCCCUCCUCUGUCACAUGCUCUCUCCCCUCCUCUGUGACAUGCUCUCUCCCUUCCUUCUGUCACAUGCUCUGUCCCCUCCUCUAUCACAUGCUCUGUCCCCUCCUCUGUCACAUGCUCUGUCCCCUCCUCUGUCACAUGCUCUGUCCCCUCCUCUGUCACAUUCUGUCCCCUCCUCUGUCACAUUCUGUCCCCUCCUCUGUCACAUUCUGUCCCCUCCUCUGUCACAUUCUGUCCCCUCCUCUGUCACAUGCUCUGUCCCCUCCUCUGUCACAUGCUCUGUCCCCUCCUGCUCUGACCACUCCCGUGCUCUCCCCUCCUGCUCUGUCCCAUCCCGUGCUUUUACCUCCUGAUCUGUCCUUCCCUUGCUCUCCCCUCCUGCUCUGUCCCCUCCCUUGCUCUCCCCUCAUGCUCUGUCUCCUCCCAUGCUCUCCCCUCCUGCGCUGUCCCUUCCCGUGCUCUCACCUCCUCUAUCACAUGCUCUGUCCCCUUCUCUGUCCCCUCGUCUAUCACAUGCUCUGGCAGAUGAGUGGGGGCUGA